GCUUGAGGAGAGAGACUUGAGCUGACCCACCCUUGCUGAACCUGCUCUGCCUCCUGCUGCUGGGCUGGGGAGUGGCUGGGACCCCCCCAGCGCUGAGCCCUGCGUGGCCUUGGGGGAUACUCCAGCCUUGGAGGGGGCGGGGCAGGCAGUUAUUCUCAUGCGCAGGAGGGUAGGGUUUCAGAUUUGUUUAUGCCUCUAAGAGGCACCUUGGGGACAGGGUUGGGACGCCCAGCUCAGCAUUGCCAUUCAGCUCAGCGUGGCCAAGAGACACCUCAGAUUUCACUUUUCCACUGGGGGCUGUUGGCUCUGCAGGCCCAGGCAGGCCAGGGGUCUGGAGCAUUUUCCAGGGUGCUGGGGAGGGGUGCACAGUGGCCCUCAGCCAGCCCACGCACCAGAGGGGCCCUUUCUCCUGAGGCUGGCCUGCGCUCUGCCUGGGCCAUGCCAGCCUGUUCUCUUCAGCAGGGUCAGUGCUAUUAAUACCAGGCGGGUGCACAGCCCCCAGCCAGUGAUCCUCUUAUGCCUAUGACCUCGGUCCCUGGGGCCAGGGUGAGUGCUGUUCCUUCGGCACAGGGACUCCCUGCCUCCCAGCACGCAGCCUUUGCCAGCCAGGCGCCGGAUCCCACCAGGUUCCUAAGCUCUGUGCCACCCGCUGUGGAGGAGCGAUUCAGGUGGCUCCUGGGCUGUCCGGGACUGCUGUGGGUCUGAGGCAGCACACUAGUGGCCCUGCUCACAGCUCGGGUCCGCACGUCCCAGCCAUGAGCAGCCCCCCUGCUUACCCUGGCAUCAGGAUCUCGGGGUGCUGGGCCCUUGGAGCAGACAGCAGCAGCAACGUGGAAGCCUUGGACAGGCUCCUCCCACCCGUGGGUGCUGGACGCUCGCCCCGGAAGCGCACCACCAGCCAGUGCAAGUCUGAGCCGCCCCUGCUGCGCACCAGCAAACGCACCAUUUACACGGCCGGGCGGCCGCCCUGGUACAAUGAACACGGCACGCAGUCCAAGGAGGCCUUCGCCAUUGGCCUGGGAGGCGGCAGUGCCUCUGGGAAGACCACCGUGGCCCGGAUGAUCAUCGAGGCCCUGGACGUGCCCUGGGUGGUCCUGCUGUCCAUGGACUCCUUCUACAAGGUGCUCACCCGGCAGCAGCAAGAGCAGGCCGCCCUCAACAACUACAACUUCGAUCACCCGGACGCCUUCGACUUCGACCUCAUCGUGUCCACCCUGCAGAAGCUGAAGCAGGGCAAGAGCGUCAAGGUGCCCGUGUACGACUUCACCACGCACAGCCGCAAGAAGGACUGGAAGACGCUCUACGGCGCCAACGUCAUCAUCUUUGAGGGCAUCAUGGCCUUUGCUGACAAGACACUGCUGGAGCUCCUGGACAUGAAGAUCUUUGUGGACACGGACUCUGACAUCCGCCUUGUGCGGCGGCUGCGUCGGGACAUCGGCGAACGUGGCCGUGACAUCACAGGUGUCAUCAAGCAGUACAACAAGUUUGUCAAGCCGGCCUUCGACCAGUACAUCCAGCCCACCAUGCGCCUGGCCGACAUUGUGGUGCCACGAGGGAGCGGGAAUGCAGUGGCCAUCGACCUGAUCGUGCAGCACGUGCACAGCCAGCUGGAGGAGAGGAAGCUGCGCUGGGAUCUGGCCGCGCUGGCCUCGGCGCACCAGUGCCACCCCCUGCCCCAGACGCUGAGUGUCCUCAAGAGCACGCCGCAGGUGCGGGGCAUGCACACCAUCAUCAGGGACAAGGAGACCAGCCGGGAUGAAUUCAUCUUCUACUCCAAGAGACUCAUGCGGCUGCUCAUCGAGCACGCGCUGUCCUUCCUGCCCUUCCAGGACUGCGUGGUGCAGACCCCGCAGGGGCAGGACUACGCGGGCAAAUGUUACGCCGGGAAGCAGAUCACCGGCGUGUCCAUCCUGCGGGCCGGCGAGACCAUGGAGCCCGCGCUGCGGGCCGUGUGCAAGGACGUGCGCAUCGGCACCAUCCUCAUCCAGACCAACCAGCUCACCGGGGAGCCGGAGCUCCACUACCUGCGGCUGCCCAAGGACAUCAGUGACGACCACGUGAUCCUGAUGGACUGCACCGUGUCCACGGGCGCUGCGGCCAUGAUGGCUGUGCGCGUGCUCCUGGACCACGAUGUGCCCGAGGACAAGAUCUUCCUGCUGUCGUUGCUCAUGGCGGAGAUGGGCGUUCACUCGGUGGCCUACGCGUUCCCACGCGUGAGAAUCAUCACCACAGCGGUGGACAAGCGCGUGAACGACCUGUUUCGCAUCAUCCCAGGCAUCGGGAACUUUGGCGACCGCUACUUUGGGACAGACGCAGCCCCAGACGGCAGUGACGAGGAGGAAGUGGCCUGGGCGAGUUAGCUGGUGGCAGUUUCUUCCCACCCCCAGCCCCACCCAACUUCCGCCUGCCUCCUGGCCCGUGACAGAGACGUUAACUUAUUUGUUACCAUUGUAACUUAUUCGAUACAUUUUAUAUAAAUAAAGCUUUAGGAAAAAUGAA